UCGUCACAGACGUCGUUUCCGUAGCAGUAUGGCGGCCACGGAGGAUGAGCGGCCGGCGGGGAGCGGAGAGGGAGAGCGGUUGGAUUUCCUGCGAGACCGGCACGUGCGGUUCUUCCAGCGCUGCCUCCAGGUUUUGCCUGAGCGCUACUCUUCGCUCGAAACCAGCAGGUUGACUAUUGCAUUUUUCGCACUCUCUGGGCUGGAUAUGUUGGACUCCUUAGAUGUGGUGAACAAGGAUGAUAUAAUAGAGUGGAUUUACUCCCUGCAGGUCCUUCCCACAGAAGACAGAUCAAAUCUAAAUCGCUGUGGUUUCCGAGGCUCUUCCUAUCUGGGUAUUCCAUUCAAUCCAUCAAAGAAUUCUGGGACUGCUCAUCCUUACGACAGUGGCCACAUAGCAAUGACCUACACGGGCCUUUCAUGCCUAGUUAUUCUUGGAGACGACCUAAGCCGGGUAAAUAAAGAAGCUUGCUUAGCAGGCUUGAGAGCCCUUCAGCUAGAAGAUGGAAGUUUUUGUGCAGUACCUGAAGGCAGUGAAAAUGACAUGCGAUUUGUAUACUGUGCUUCCUGUAUCUGCUAUAUGCUCAACAACUGGUCUGGCAUGGAUAUGAAAAAGACUAUCAACUAUAUUAGAAGAAGUAUGUCCUAUGACAAUGGGUUGGCACAGGGAGCAGGACUUGAAUCUCAUGGAGGAUCAACUUUUUGUGGCAUUGCAUCACUGUGCCUGAUGGGUAAACUAGAAGAAGUUUUUUCAGAAAAAGAAUUGAACCGAAUAAAAAGGUGGUGUAUAAUGAGACAACAGAAUGGUUAUCAUGGAAGACCUAAUAAGCCUGUUGACACCUGUUACUCUUUUUGGGUGGGAGCAACUCUAAAGCUUCUGAAAAUUUUCCAGUAUACUAACUUUGAGAAAAAUAGAAAUUACAUCUUAUCAACUCAAGAUCGCCUCGUUGGGGGAUUUGCCAAGUGGCCGGAUAGUCAUCCAGAUGCUUUGCAUGCAUACUUUGGAAUUUGUGGCCUGUCACUAAUGGAGGAAAGCGGCAUUUGUAAGGUUCAUCCAGCCCUGAACGUAAGCACACGGACUUCUGAGCGCCUUCGAGAUCUCCAUCAGAGCUGGGAAACCAAGGACUCUAAACAGUGCUCAGAGAAUGUGCACAUCUCCACAUGACUAACUUUAGCCGGGGGGCCCGGGGAGGAUUUGUAGCCUAACUGUAGCUCAAGGUUAAAAGCCAUGGAUAACCACGUGUGCUCUUUUUUUAAGAGGUAGUCUUACAAUCGAAUCUUGUGCCGAUGUCACUUUGGGAUAUGGUCUUGAGCCAGUAACCUUUGUACUAGGUUUCAAGAAAAUCUUUGUUGAAGUUUGAACCACAGUGGACUUCAUCGUGGUUCUUAAAUGUUUAUACUGUAUUUCUAAGUUCUUUGAGGCAAAUUAACUGUAUGUAUGUAGGUUAUCUUUAAAAAAAAAAAACUUGAUACAGAAUUGUAUCAUAUUAUCAAAUGGACACGAAUCUUCAAAAGAAGUUCACAUAGCAGUGGUAGUCUUCGGGUGAGCACUUAGUGAUCAUUUAAAAAGCCUGACUGCUUAUGGUGGAACAUUGCUUUAAUGAAUUAAGUAUCUGGGGUUAUUCUUUGAAAACAGAUGAUCCCAUAAUUUUUUAAAAAAGAAUGAUUUAUUUUGUCUUAUUUUUAAGUAAAAUGUGCCAAUUAAACUUUUGUGGCCUAUAUAAAUGAAAUUAACUUCAUAGCAAGAAUGAAUAGGCUUAACUAAUACAGUAAUUUCCUAAAGGGAGAUUGUUAUAAAAAGACUAUUAUGUAACUGAGGAGAAAGUAAUUUAACUGUAUGUGAUUGUGAAUGGGCAAGUUUUGUGCUGUGUGGGUCAUCUAUUUUAGAUGUUGUUGGGGUAAAUAACAGUUAUGUUUGCUUUUAAUCUCGAAUCAUUAGUCAUUUUUUUUUUUCCUCCUUUCUCCAGGGAAAGCCCUCUUACCUAGAGGGAAAAACAUUUAGUGGUUUUGUUUCUUUUUCUGAGAUAAAUUUUAAACUGUAUUUUUAUAACUGAGUUAUUUUUAGCCAUUUGGUUUUGUUGUUGUUGCUCCCAGUGUUUUAGCUUUUCUGAUUUCAAACUGAUGAUUUUCUAAUUUUUUGAAGUUAAAUAAGUAAACAUUUAAGUGAAAAAAAAUAACACCUCUCAAUUAAAUUUAAUGGUAUAGCUCCAUACACAGUCAUUCAUAUUUUUGUAAUAUUUUCAGCUAAGUGCGAAGGUAAUGUAUCCCUUAGAGGUUAAGGACUGGGGUUUGCUUUUCAUUGUUCUGUUUUCUUCAUUUUGUGACCUACCUGAAUUGUAAAGGAGUGGUGUAAAAACUUCCCUUUAUUAGUAAUCAGUUGAAUCACACCCAUCACCGUUUGCUCAGUGACAGAGUUACGAGAGUAGUUCUGAAACAGAGAAGGAAAACACUUCACCUGAGGGACUAGGUUUAAGUUAAAAUCUUGGUGAAAAUAAAUGUUGGAUUUUUAGGUUUACAAGUAUCAGGAUAAAAACUAAAUUACUGGUAUCACUGUUUAGGUAAUGUAAUAUCUAAAUUUUUAUUUUUUAGUGGUGAAAAAAAGUACCCUUAAAUAAUGAUCCCAGGGAAAACCUAGUAUAUACAUGACAAAAUGAUUCCUUUAUUAUUUGCAUGCUUAGUUUAAACCUCAAUUUGCCAAAGUUAACUCUUUUUUUUUAAAAGAAAUAAAAUCAGAGAACUGAUGGUGGGGAAAAAAAUAAACCUAACAACAGGUGUCAUCCUCCCGUGAAUUAUUCCAGUUUGCACUGGUUUAAAUCCUGACAAAUUAAGAUACCUGCAUCUCAAACUAAGACAUUUCUUAGACAUCAGGAGUUAAAAUGACAUAUAUGUAAUAGCUUUAGAACUAUAUGAAAAGCCCCCAAUGUUUUUUAUUCUGAAUUGCCAUUAGUGGUUGAAAGUGUAAAAAAGUUAGUAUCUGUAUUCGUAUGAUGUAGAAUUCCAAGGUCAAAAGUAUUUCAUAAAACUGCUAAAUAUUUUCUAACUCCUUGUGUAAUUUAAUAGCAUAAGAUUACAUAUGUCAGUGCGAUUCUAAUUAGCAUGCUCUUGAGAGGCAUUCUUAAGAAACUGUUGGCCAGUGAAUGUUCAAUUCCACAACAGCAUAUUGACCAAAAAAACCACCAGGCCAUUGUGAAUUGUGGAGAAGCUAUUCUGAACUUUUUCUAAAUAGUUACUUACAGGAAAGUAUGAAUAAAAUAAAUUAUAAGCACUG